GGCAGGAACGAACUGUGUUGGAUUUCAGACUUUUAAAGGGAAAUUUCCAGUCGCCGUAAGAGCCGGUGUAUGGAUACCAUGGUGACUGAUGCUCUAUAAAUAACUGCGAUGGGUAUAACACAUGCCCCGGUUGAAAGGCGCUGCUGAGCAGCUGCGUACCUGGAGAAUGUUGCAAACAGGAACUCUCCUCAGCACUCAGGAACGAAGAAGUCCUGCAUUGACUGGAACAAAUAAGAUGGCUGCUCUUGAGAAACACCCAGACCUGAGGCUCCAGCAGAACAGUCCCUCGGCUCCCAGCCCCACUCAGAAGAGUCAUUUCUCGGAGACCGACUGGAAGACGCCGAUGUUGUCCGUGAGGUUCCAGAGCCGCAUCAGUCGCUGCUCGAGUGUGGCCGACAGCGGGGAUGCAGGCAUUGGGACCUCCUGCUCAGACAGCACAGAAGACUUCUGCAAUUCCAGUAACGGUUCCUCAUUCCAGCCCAUCAAAACCCAAGUGACCAUCCCGACGGCCCAUGUUAUGCCAUCCACGUUGGGUGCCUCGCCCUCCAAGCUGUGCUUGGCAGGAGAGCAGAGCUGUUCACAGAGUACUUCCAAAACUGCUGUGCCAGGUUCGGCUUCUGAACACGCGGGACUCAUGAGAAACGGAGACUUUAAUGCCGGGAAGUCAUCUCAGGUGCCGCCCAGGGAUCUCUUGCGUCUCUAUGGGACUUCAGGGGAAAAUGGUUUUGAGCAAUCCUGGCAUCCUGUUUCUGAUCACAUGAGAACAGAAGAUACUUGGAAGUUUGACACCCCUGCCAUUGAGCGCACCCUUAAUCAGUCUGUCUUUCUGGAUAGUUUGUGCGCUGACCCUCUCCACAGGUUUCAGAAGUUCAAUCCAAACUCCGGGGCAGCUGAAGCAGGGAAGGAACAUUAUAAGGUGCUGCCAGAGAGCAAGCAAGCUGCAGGGGCUAAUGGAGUCUGCGAAACCCAGGAUGGAACGUGGCCAAACGGCAGCAGGCUGAUGCCAACGGGACUCCAGGCUAACAAUUUCUUUUCAAAACCAGUAACUCCUUCAUCUCGAGCAUGGAUGCAAGAAACCUGCACGCUACAUCCGCAUGAGAGGGUCUGCGAGCUCAGUGCUUGGAAACAACAGCUGGAGAACGUGCGGUUGCAAAUAGAGCAAAUGCAGUUACAAAAUGGAGGUGCCUGCCACCACCCCUCAAUGUAUUCUCCUUCGCUACCUACGCCCGAUCCAGCCCAGUGGAUCAAUAUCCUGAACUCCAAUGAAAACCUGCUCAAGGAGAAAGAGCUCCUCAUUGACAGGCAAAGGCAGCACAUAUCCCAGUUGGAGCAGAAGGUCCGGGAAAGUGAACUGCAGGUUCACAGUGCCCUGCUUGGCUGUGCAGCGCCCUAUGGAGAUGUCUACAUGUUGAGAAUGCAGGAGCUGCAACGGGAGAAUACGUUUCUCCGAGCACAGUUCACGGAGAAGACUGAAUCCCUCAGUAAGGAAAAGAUUGAAUUGGAGAGAAAACUGGCUGCUGCAGAGGUGGAUGCAAAGCUGAUCCGGGAAACGCUGAAGGAAACUAUGCAGAAACAUGCAGAGGAGUUAAAGAAACAGGAAGAAAGGAUAAAGGGAAGAGACAAACACAUUAAUAAUCUUAAAAAGAAAUGCCAGAAGGAAUCUGAACAAAACAGAGAGAGGCAACAGAGAAUCGAGACCCUGGAACGAUACCUGGCUGAUCUGCCAACUCUUGAGGACCACCAGAAGCAGAGUCAGAAGCUAAAGGAAUGUGAGCUGAAGAGUACUGCUCUGCAAGAAACAGUGCUGGCACUGGAAACAGAGCUCGGAGAUGUCCGGGCUGCAUUCAGGGAGCAAGAGGUACAGCUGGAAACCCAAAAACACAAGGAACUGGAGCUUCUUUCUACUGUGCGCAGCUUGCAGGACAAGGUGCAGCAGUGUGUAAAGAAUGUGGAGAGAGGACCUCCUGCACAGGAUGGGGAGAAACAACAGAAGAUAGAAAAUGACUCUCUGAAGAAAGAAUGUGACUGUCUCAAGAAGAUUGUGGACAAACAGCAGAAAAAGAUGGAGCAGUUGUCUUUGCAAGUAAAGAACCUCGAAGAACAGGUGGCCCAGGAAGAGGGGACAAGCCAAGCUCUGAAAGAGGAGGCAGUGAGAAGGGAAAAUGCACUGCAGCAGCUCCGGACUGCUGUGAAAGAGCUUUCAGUGCAGAACCAGGAUCUCAUUGAGAAGAACCUGACCCUUCAGGAACGACUGCGGCAGGCAGAGCUAACGACUCAGCCGCUGCCUGCUGAGACAGCCCACCUCGCCCAGGAGCUGCACGCCGAGCUGGCCAGCUGCCUGCAGGAUUUGCAGUCUGUCUACAGCAUCGUCACUCAGAGGGCUCAGGGCAAGGAUCCCAAUCUCUCCCUGCUCCUGGGUAUUCGAUCUGCACAGUACUCAGCUAAGGAGAAGGAUGACCUGCUGAGCCCCGAUGUACUUGCUAAAAAACUGGUGGAGGUAAAACAGCUUCACAAAGAGGUGGAGGACUUAAGGACGGCGAUAUCUGACAGAUAUGCUCAGGACAUGGGAGACAACUGCAUCACUCAGUAAAGAACUCUCCCCAAAGUAAGACAGGAAAUGAAGACUUGAAACUCUCGGGAGACCAGAGCUCCUACACCCGAAAACACAUUCAGCACUUUACCAUCCCUACGCUUGGGUACAAGACGUGGCUUAUCCAUGAGAAAUCAGGGGGGUUGUUGCCAGAAGCGUCGAGCUGCUGACUGGCUAACUGGAAUCAUUCAGGGCUUCGGUGUCGGGCUUUGCAGUAGCUUUGAUCUUGUGGAAUGUGUUUGUGCUGUAUUUGCUGGAGCUGGUGUGGUCUCCGACUCUGGGAGACGAAUCCUGAAUAGCCUUCCAGGCAUGUCAAACGCUGAACAUGCAAAUGCGACAGUUAAAACCAACACUAAAAGGAAACAGAUGCCCUGGUCUUUCUGAUAAAUUCUCUGUGCAGAUCCUGUGCAACUCGUAAGACCGGAGUAUUAUCAGGGUGUUUGGGGGAAUUCUGGAUUUCGUAGGCAGGCAGGUGUGCUAGUUAUACCACUGCUAAUUACACGAAGGUGCUACAGGC